CGACGUUUUAUGGGUGAAAGAUAAACCCGGAAUAAUUUUAUGCAAAUCCAGCAGAAAUCUGAGCCAUCCUUAUAUGAUAAGAUUGAUUACCUAAUAUUGAUCAGCGUUCGAUUUCUUCUGGUCAUUUCUUUGCUAUAAUUUUUCGUCAAAAUGGUGAUCAAAGUUUACAUAUCAUCAGUAACAGGCAAUUCAAAGAUGAGGAAACAGCAGCAGCAUGUUCAGUCCACGUUAGAAAGUUUUAAGAUAGAAUUUGAAAACAUAGACAUUUCUUGUCCAAACAAUGAAGAAGACAAAAAGUUUAUGAGAGCUAACAGUCAAAUUCGAGAAGGAUCAACAGUUCCAUUACCUCCACAGAUAUUUAAUGAGGAAGAAUAUUGUGGUGAUUAUGAAGAUUUUGAUUUAAAUGUUGAAGACAAUUUAUUAUACGAAUUUUUGAAAAUGGCGCCACCUAAGAAAACAUCUGAAGCAUCAGUGACCGUAACAGGAGAGGAGGAAGAUGAAGAAAAGAAAGAUGAGGAGAAAACUGAAUUGAUAGAAGAGGUUGCUGAGAAAGAGGGAGUUAAAGAAAAGGAAGACAAAGAAAAUGAGAAAAAUAAACCAGAUUCUCCUGAGGAAGAGAAAGAGGAAAAGACUGAAGGAGAGGCAGAAAAAAAGGAAGAAGGUAAUGAAAAGAAGGAAGAAGAAAAAAAGGAAGGAGAGGAGGAAAAGAAGGAAGAAGGGGAGAAAAAGAAAGAUGAAGAAGAUAAGAAAGAAGGAGAGGAGGAAAAGAAGGAUGAAACAGAUAGCAAAGUUGAAGCAAAGGAUGACAAAAAUGUAGAAGAUGGGGAAGAAAAAGAAGAAACAAAAGCUGAGGAAAAGGAAAAGCCAGUUGAGGAGGAAAAUGAAAACAAGGAGGAGUCUAAAGGAGAAGAAAAAGAGGAAUUAAAAGUGAAAGCUGAGGAAACUAAAACUGAAGAAACAGAUGAGACAGCCACAUUUACUUUAUCAUCUGAUGUUACAAUAGAUGAAGAGAAAAAGGAGGAAGAUGUCAAAGUGGAGGCAGAGAUUGAAGAGGUGAAAGAAGAAGAUAAAGAAGUUAAAAAGGAGGAGGAAAAGAUUGAAGAGGCCACAAAAGAGGAAGGAAAAGUAGAGGAGUCUCAGAAGGAAGAAGUACUUUCAAAAGAAGAAGAAAAGGUGGAAGAAACUCCAAAUGUUGAGGAAAAGGUUGAAGAAUCUCCAAAAGUAGAGGAACCCCGAAAAGAGGAGGAGAAGGUAGAAGAAAAGAAAGAAGAACCUCCAAAAGAAGAAGAAAAAGUGGAGGAACCUCCAAAGGAAGAGGAAAAGGUAGAAGAACCCCCAAAAGUAGAAGAAAAAGUGGAGGAAAAGGUAGAGGAGAAACUUCCAGAACCAAUAGAAGUUGAGGAAGAGGAGGACAAUUCCUUAGAAGCAAGGAGAAGGAAACGAAGAAUGGAGAGAGAAAAGAAAGAAAAGGAAGAAGCAGCAGCUGCUGAGGAAGCUACAAGUUCCAGGAGAGGAAAUGAAGAGGAUUCUGGGGUCUCAGAGUCUCUAGAAGAAAGGAGAAGACGACGACGUGAAGAGAGAACUAAAAAGGAGGAAGACUCUUCUGGUGUGGAAGAAACAGCUGCUGAGAGAAGAAGACGUCGCAGGAGAGAAAUGGAAGAUUAGGGAGGUGAACAAACAGAAUAAGAGAGAAAAUCUAAGUCAUAUUUGAAGGUGCUGAUUGACUGGUUUCCUGCCUGACAAUAAUUUUGCUCAUCUUCAUAGCUCAUCAUGACCAGAACUUACUCCAGUUUACUGCUGAAGGACUGUUUGUUAUCAUCAAAUGCUUUCCAUGUUUCACAUUCUGUGCUUUUCCACAAACAUUGACAGGCAGAGAAAUGUUAAAGAGAUUGAUAGUUGCAAUAUGUGUGUUCCAAUAAGCAUUUGUUAAUUUCAGUAUUUGCAAAAUGGUUUGGGUAUUUUUGUGCUUUUUUACUAACCACCUCAGUACUAUUGACAUUACUUAUUAGAACACAGUACAUGCCAUAUAAUGUCAGGAAUCUGUAGUUUUAGAGAGUCUCUGUUAGACAGGGAAUUGUAGAACCAAUUAUAAGUAUGUAUUUUUAAUAACGAUGUAAUAAGCUUAAACUAUAGCUUGAUAUAGUGGCAGCCUGUAUAUUUAUAUUUGUUCAUCAAUUAUAAGUUAUAAUGAAUCUUUUCAAAUCUAAAUGUUUCUUUUUAUAUGUUUUGGCUUAAUCAUAGAUUUGAUACAGGAAUGAGAAGUAUUUCCUGUUUGAUCAAAAUUAGAAAACUUUUUGUUGAAGUAAUUUUAUAGUGCAAUUCCUUCUUAACAUACUCUUUGUGUAUUAACGAACACAUACUCCUUGUGUAAUAAUGAAUGCAUACUCCGUUUUUAAAACAUAAACAAAUUUGUGAAAAUGACAGCAUUUAUCUCUGCAGUAUUUUGUACAUUUUGGACAGUCAAAUAUAUAUAUAUUGGCUAUAAAAAAUGUUAUGGUUCAAUGUUUCUCAAGUUCCCUAUCAUACUGAUGAGCCGCAACAGUGGUUGUUAGUCAACACUUACAUGGAAGUUUGCAAUAUCACAAAACUAAUGACCUAUGUGUUGAAAUAAAAAUCAAAAUCUGUCUCUUUUAUCACACUUGAUACAUAUAAAAAAGAAUUUAGCAUAAUAGAGUUGACCUUUGAACCUCAUGAAUUUUAACAAAAGAUUCCAUGAACUCUUUAUCUUUUCGUCUUUUAGCCUUCUUCUUAUAGAAAUCAAGAUGAAGAUAAAGAAAGAUUUUUGUGCUGUAGUUUUAAAAAGAUUGUCUCAUCAGUUUUGAUAUUUGUUUGUUUAAUUUAUUUCCCUUAUAUGGAUUGUUUUUACUGAUCGAUUUCAUUCAGAUACAUUGUAUUCCAAAAUUGGAGCAAAUAUCGGGUAAUACAUGAUAUCAUAGAACCAUUCCAAGUUUCCAUUUUGCAAUAUAACAUUUUUACAGCAAUGUUUAUGUGUUUUUAUGAAUGAUUGUGUCCUCUCUGUCCAUGAAUGAUGAUGGUCUUUAUGUGGUAAAGAAAACCAAGAUAAAGCCCCUUAUGUCCUGUGAAAAUCAACCAAUAAAAUGUUUUUUUUCACAAUGUUUUUAUAUCUAUCAUUUCCAUAUAUGACUAAUUAGAAACAAAAAACUAGUUUUCAUGAAAAAAUAAAAGCAUAUGCUAAACUUUUAGGAAGAAAUGCAGAAUUUACAUGAAAUCUCAUUAAUUUACAAAAGAAAACAUUAACUUUUGCAAGUAUCUUAAGAUUUAGAUUGAAUCCUUAUUCAUGGACAGAAGAUUGUAAGAUGAUAUUUUUUCCUUCAGCCUUUUCAUACAAUUUUGUUAUAUUUAGUUUGUUUAUGAUUUUUUAGUUUGUUAUUUAUAUCAUAAAAUGGUAUAAAAGUAAACAGUGUCUUAAUUGUUGUGUACUAUGUUAAAAGCAUGUUUUAAAUGAAUUAUUAAGAUUUAAUAUAUAACUGUCUGAGCUGACCACCAGUUUAAAGAGGAAAAGAAUGAUAAAUUGAGAAGAAAAGUCACAAAUAUUUUAUUUAAUGCAGAAAUUUGUCUGUACCUUCAUCCCAUAUUCCUUUGUUUAAUAUAUGUAAUAACUGUCACCAAGUGCUCAUCAGGGAUAAUAGUUGAAAAAAACAAAAAGUAAAUAAGUCUUUGUUCAUUUUUUGAGAAGGAUAAGUUUUCAGUCCAUUUUAGAGACUUUUACAAACUAUGUGACCAUUCUGUCAAUCAGAAGUAAGAAAAUAUGUAUAGAUCUUACAUCUAAGUUAUCGAAAUAGACACCAAAAUAUCAAACAGCUUUUUAUUUAAAGAAUAUAUGUUUAUGCUUUUCUUUUUGCAAUUUUCUUAUUUUAUUUAUAUACAAACAUAUGUAUCGUGUAUUUUAAUGCCAUUUUCUUUCCAUUAAAAUAACAUGUAAAUAA